CAAACAUGGCGGGGAUUCCCAAAUAUUUAAAAAUUUAAAACGCAAAUUUUUAAUGUUUAUGGAACUAUUUUGUUUCUCUAAAGACCAAAGGCAUACCAGAGAUGUAAAAGUUUGGAAAUAUUACGCUUUGUUGAUAUGAAGAAUCUUCAAUUACUCACCUCACAUGUGAGCAAAGCUAUUCCUAACUGUCAAAAUGCUUGCAUGAGUAUUGAUGUUGACACCGGAUAUGUUUAUCUUGUAUCCUCAAAUCAUUUGGUUGGAUUUUCACCAGAAACAGAGAGUGUUAUAAUUGAAUUACCAUUAUGUAAUUUUAACCAAGAAAAUGACAAUUCACAAGAUAUAAUUGGUAUUCAAAAUUUGCCCCUCCUUGAUGCUGUGUGUUUUGCAACUGCUAAUGGUGAUGUUAAUCUUUUUGAUACUUCUACACAACAGUUAGAAUGUGUUGGAAGUGUUGAUAGUGGCCUUACAUGCAUGUCCUGGAGCCCAGACCAGGAGAUUGUAGCAUUUACAAGUGGUCAAGGUACAAUCAUUUUAAUGAACAAGGACUUCAAUCCUAUUUCAGAAAUACCAAUACAUUCAGAGAUAUUUGGAACAGAUGAACCAGUAAAUGUUGGAUGGGGUAAAAAAGAAACACAAUUUCAUGGGUCUCAGGGAAAAGAAGCUGCUAGAAUUAAAAAUGAGGAUGAUUCAGAAAUAAUAAUUCCCACAGAUGAUGAUAAAAAACCAAGAAUAGCAUGGCGGGGGGAUGGUCAAUUCUUUGUUGUUAGUUCAAUCACUGAGAAAGGAAACAGAGAGUUAAGAGUGUAUAGUCGGGAAGGUGAUGUUGUUUCCACUUCAGAGUCUGUCACUGGGCAAGGAAUGCCUCUUGAUUGGAGGCCAUCUGGAAAUCUAAUUGCCUCAGUUCAAACAUCGGAUGACAAAAAACAAGUCAUCUUUUUUGAGAAGAAUGGUCUAAGACAUGGAGAGUUUUCUUUGUUCUCAAAAGACUCCAAGGUUGUUCAACUAGGUUGGAAUAUUGACUCUAGUGUACUUUGUCUUUGGCUCCAAAACCCAGCACCAGAAACUGAAUUAUUCUACGACAAUGUUCAGUUCUGGUACUGCAGUAAUUAUCACUGGUUCUUGAAACAAGAGUUGAAAUUCAUGGAAAAUUCUCUCAAUGAUAUUUGUUGGGAUGAUGAAACCCGGUUAAAAUUUCACAUUUUAACAAAAGAUGGAAUUUAUGCCUCGUAUCGAUUUUGUUGGGAAAUAUUUCAAUCACGUGGACACCACAUAAAUAAUGACGCCAUGGUUGUCAUGGUAGAUGGAGCCACUCUAUUAUUGACCCCAAUGUCAUCAGUUGUUGUGCCUCCUCCCAUGUCUGCUUACACCAUACAAACAGACAGCUCAAUCAAUUCUGUUACUUUCCAUCCACCAUCCCAUCGUAUGGCUUUACAACUUUCUGACGGCAGCCUCGUUAUUGUCAAGAAAACUGUAAACACGAGUGACGAUCAGAGCUCGUGUGAGUUUCAUCAAACGAGAGUGCAAGAUUUCGAAAUGAACGAAAAGUUGCGGAAUGGACCUGGAUGUUUUCGUCAGUUGACAUGGUGGAAAGAUGGUAUUCUGCUGAUUUUGGGGAAGUUGCAUGAAAGUGGAGGAAAUGUUAUUUGUGAAAUAUCUUUAUCCCAAAAUGACGGAAUAUACCAAGCAAAAUAUCAAAAUAUUUUGCCAGUGGAAAAUGUUCUUCGACUGUCUGUGAAUAUCGACACAAGUUUAGUUAUAUUAGAGUGUGAUGAUGGAUCUCUGUUGCGAUAUACGUCAGAUGCUGGUAAUGGCGAACUGGAGCCAUGGCUUAAUUCAAGAGGGGAUUCUAUAAUUCUAUCACAACCGUGUAUCUAUAUUGAGACUGUAGAGUUUGGUGAUGAGGAGGUGGUUGUUGGUUUAACUGAACAUUCUCGACUUUACGUCAACGAUAAAGAGAUUGCUAACAACUGUUCAUCAUUCUUUGUCCAUGAUGAAUUUCUUCUUCUGACUACCACAUGUCAUGUUUUGCGCUCUCUCAGCAUUGUACCUCAUGAAAGAGGUUUGACAUCGUUAUUUGCUGGGAAAACCGUGGAGGAAAAUGUGAGAAAUGUUGAACGGGGCUCAAGAAUUAUAACUGCUGUUCCACAAGAUACAAAAGUGAUUUUACAGAUGCCGAGGGGGAACUUAGAGACGAUUCAUCCUCGAGUCUUGGUUUUAUCAUAUCUUAAGAAAUGCUUUCAGAAUGUAAAAUACAAGAAUGCCUUCACAUGUAUGAGAAGACAUCGAAUCAACUUAAACUUAAUUCAUGAUCAUAACUCAAAGCAUUUCUUAGAUAAUGUGGCAAAUUUUAUCCAGCAAGUUGAAUCAGUGUCGUCUAUUAAUAUGUUUUUGUCAGAACUGAAAACAGAAGACGUAACCCAAUCUCUAUAUUCAGAAUACUAUCGUGACAAAGAUCCCAGUGAAGGAAUAACGAAUAAAGUUGACACAAUAUGCGAUACUUUGAGAAAUGCUUUAGAGGCGAUUGAUCAGAAUAAAUAUCUCCUCUGCAUAUUGACAUCUUAUGUGAAGAAAACCAACCCGGAAUUUGAAACUGCUUUACAAAUUGUGAAGAAACUUAAGGAUGAGAAGAAGAUCAGUGAUGCUGAAGAUGCUCUGAAGUAUCUGUUAUUUCUGGUUGACGUUAAUAAAAUGUACGACGUUGCCCUUGGAAUGUACGAUUUUCAACUCGUUUUAAUGGUUGCAGAGAAAUCACAGAAGGAUCCAAAGGAAUAUCUGCCUUUUCUGAAUAAUCUUCGCAAAAUGGAGGAAAACUACCAGAAAUACUCCAUAGAUAAACAUUUAAAACGUUAUUCAAAGGCUAUCCGACACCUUGCUAAAUGUGGAUCAGAACGAUUCAAUGAAUCUUUGCAGCUGAUUCAGGAACAAAGUCUCUAUACGGAGGCCCUACAGUUACACUCUGGUUCUGAAUAUAGAACGAUAGCUUCAAGUUAUGGAGAAUAUCUAAUGGAAAAGAAAAGUUACGAGGAAGCUGGUUUAGUUUUUACACGAUGUGAGAAAUAUGAACAAGCGCUCGAAGCUUUUCAGAAAUGUGGAAAUUGGAGACAAGCGUUUUGUUUGGCUGGAAAGCUUGCGUUGACUGCUGAACAGAUUUUACACUUGGCUAGAUCUUUGGCAGGUUAUCUUAAAAAUCGUAAUAAUUUUGCCGAGGCAGCGGUUGUUCUGGUGGAUUAUGCCAACGAUUACGAAGGUGCGAUUGAAUGUACUAUUCAUGGUAAAUUGUGGGAAGAAGCUUUAAGAUUGAUACACAAGCAUGACAGGGCAGAUAUCAUCGAGACUCAUUUUCAACCAACCUUAUGUGAAGUAUGUGAGCAAAUAUUGUCAUCAUUGGAGUUAAAAAAAGAGGAUUUCGAGCGAUACAAGACAAGGUUAGCAGUUGUCAGGGAGGAGAAAGACAAACGCAAACUUGAUGUGAUUGAAAAUGAUGUUGAUGAACAUUCCAACGCAGAUUUAUUUUCUGAAACUUCAAGUAUGAGUGGUCUUACUACUCUGACCUCAUCAUCUCUCUCCUCAAGAAUGUCGCGGAGUUCUGGCAAGUCACACAAGAAUCGUAAGAAAUCUCAACGUAAAAGAGUCAGUUUAAAAGAAGGAAGUCAGUUUGAGGAUUUAGCUUUAAUGGAAGCUUUAGCAGAAAUUAUUUUAUUUGUUGACGAGAUGCAGGAAGAAAUUUCAACAUUAUUGAGAAUGCUUGUGUUAUUUUCCUUCCAAAACGAAGCGAGGGUUUUGCAAACCUCGUAUGGUGAAAUACUUGAUAUGGUUCGUAGUUCAUUGAUAGAUAUUUGGCCAUCAAAUAUGCCAGAAGACACAUCAUCCACAAGUUUUGGCCCUCAUUUGACUUCAAACGCUAUUGUAAGAUCUGUGAAGAACAAGGAAACAUCCCAAGAUAUUCCUUCAACACCGGCUGUUCCUGUUCUUAAAAAACGUCUUCACUGGCGUUUGGACCAACUCAAGUAAUACUGGACAAUAACUGCAUGAAUCUCACUGAUGGACAGAACUUCCAUGCAAGGGAUAAUGACAGUUUGUACGUUGUUGUAAGUGCGAAGGGGUAUAAGUCGUCUCGGGCUGUUUCUAUGGAGUAACUCUACAGGUUUAAAAGACAAUUUUUUGACGUUGAAACGUAACCUUUCAGAUUUAUACUCUCGGAACUAGAGAUAUCUUUGACACGGGUCAUAGCUUAUGAAAUUAACAAGAUUAAGAUUAAGCAAAUACAUUGACAGCCAAUGAAACACUCACUUGAACACGGCGUGAACCUAACAAAUAUGUUUGCUUGUUCUAUUAUUACAGAGCAACAAUGAUCAUUAAUUUAUUUUAAUCCUGAAUUUACGAAGUCAUAAUUUCUAAACUUCUUGUUUAUUAAUCGAAUGUUCUUAAACAACUCUUGUCUCGAGUACAGAAAUUAUUUGUUUGACUUUAUUAAUAGCUAAUUGAAUUAUUUGGGGAUUAACACAAAGCUUGCAUGUGUAUUACCAUAGAGGUGAGUUAUAAACAUCAUUUACUUGUUUAAUUCAGCUUAAACUAAAACGAAGUACCUUCUCUAUAACAAUUGAACUGGAAUUUUUAAACAGAAUUAAUCCACUUGCUUUGUUUAUUUCAGUUCAUCUUCGCAACAGAAAUGGCAGAUCUGUUGAAAACCCCGUAGGUGGUCCAGGGUUUGUUUUCCAUUAUAGUUUCAAUAUUGAUUGUUUUAAAACAAGGUUGUCGUUAUUAUGGUCUUGCGUGGAAUCAAUGUUUGUUUCAAAUCAACGAAUAGUUAUUGCUGUCUUCAACAUUAUUUCAGUUAUAUCAGAAAUAAGAGCUUGGAAUGUAACAGAACGCUUACAGAAUUAUACACAGUUUACUUCAAAAGGACUUGGAAAUCUCACAGCAUUUAAUCUUACAAGUGUAUUAUUAUAUUCGCGUGUCGCACGAAAGUCCUGCACAAUCGAAAAUAUCAUAUCACCUGUGAAUAACAGUGAUUCCUCGUCAUCCGCUUUAUGCUAUAAUUUGAAACAGCAACCACUGUUCAGAGGAAAAUUACAGGAAGGCUCUCGCUUUGCAUCGUUUUAUAAAGUCCGUGGCUGGCUUGUUCUUGGUGUCGUUCUCACUGGAAUUAUUUUUCUGGUCGUCACCUCAGGCAGACGAUCUCCCCGCCGAUGUAACGCUUAUUGCAGAAUGAUUUGCUGAAGGUGGCAAAAAUGAAGGAGAAACGAACACCAGUUAUCCCUCAUCAUAUAUGAACCAGUGACAUCUUGGUAAAGCCUGUGUGGUUUCCAUCAGUCUAAGCUGUCGUAAAGAAAUCAGUUGCUGAUAAUGAUAUGGCCUGUGAGGUUCUUUAUCUUUCUUUGUGGAGUAAGAACUGUCGCAGUUAAUAACUCGUACGAAGAAACAUUUUGGGGAUUGGAAAAAUCACUUUCGUCAACACCAAACUGAAAGCAACGAACUGUA